CGUGAAUUCACCUCAUUAACAUCACGACCAGGACACCUCACGAUCACGAUCACUCGACACCAUGUCCACCGCCGAGCUUGCCACGAGCUACGCUGCUCUCAUACUCGCAGAUGACGGUGUCGACAUUACCGCUGACAAGCUCAACUCUCUUAUCAAGGCCGCCAAAAUCGAAGAAGUCGAGCCAAUAUGGGCAACGCUAUUCGCCAAGGCUCUUGAGGGCAAGGACGUGAAAGAUCUGCUCCUGAACGUCGGCUCAGGCGGUGGUGCUGCCGCUGCUCCAGCGGGAGGCGCUGCUGCUGGUGGUGCUGAAGCCGCUGCAGAGGAGAAGGAAGAAGAGAAAGAAGAGGAGAAGGAGGAGUCGGACGAGGACAUGGGGUUCGGUCUUUUCGACUAAGCUGCGUCUUUGAUCUUCACCGUCUCCUUCCAUUUUGCCUUUGUCGGGGUUUCAUAAACCGGGUCAGCGGUCAAUUCAAAUGCAUAUUCCCUCUCGGAGCAGGUCGGGUCACUGGCUGUCCGUGACACUGCUUGACGUGUACCAAUCAUCUCAGAGAUUCAACGGAGGCCCAUGAGACACGCGAAAUGUGGCAUGUGCUGUAAUGAAAGACUUCAAAAAGUGCACCCAAGGAUCCUGAUAUUUUGUGCAAAUAGUGAUAUACCAAACAGCAAUAACACAGUUU